UGUGGAUGUUGUUUGCAGGCGCGCACGUGUUCUCUUUUUGGCUGUAGUUUGAUAACACGCCUCUUCCUACUAAACAAAAGAACAUGAAGUAUACAUGCGUGUUGUAGCUCAAUAUUCCCAGCGUAAUAAUGAUGUUUUGGCAUACGCGUUUGGAGUGAGUUGCUGCUUGCCACUAGGACAGGAGUCUGAGAUGCUAAGGAUGGAUGGAUGGACGGACAGACGCUCGGUGACUCGCUCUGUCUCCGCGAGGCGGGGACUGAGUGAGCCAGACGGGGUGGAGCAUCACAUCGCCUCGCCCCUCUCGGCGCAGACAUCCGUGCGUCCCGUUCGCCUUGUGCCUAUCGGAUUCGGAGAGUGGGCCGUUCUAUGGGAGGGACUAGCGCAAAGGGGGGACUCGGAUCGAGGAGAGGGGGCGGGGUGGCAGCGAGGGUGGCUGUUUCUCCAGUCUCUUACCCAGUGUCUUUGUCUCAUACUCUUUUGUUAGCCAUGCCUAGCUUGCUGGUUCUCGCAGGGAUCAUGGAGAAAAACGGGGGCUACGGCGGGGACUUAGCCGGCUCCGGUUUCGGCGGCGAGGGUCUCCUGGUGCCACCCGAGGAGGAGGAGGACGAUUCCCGUGCCCUGAGAGUUGCACUGGGCCAACUGUCGCUGCUGGGUCUUGGAGAGGGCGAGGACGGCAGCGGGGUUCCUGCGGGUGGCGGAGGAGUUCAAGAUCGGAGUAACAAUAACCAUCACAAUCACGGAGUCGGAUCCGAAUCUGGGAUCUUACCAGGGAAGAGCAAGUUGUGCGCCCUGUACGAGAACUCGUCCAUCGAAUCCAAGGGACGGGGCUGCAACAUCACUGAGUGUGUGCCCGUGCCAAGCUCCGAACAUGUGGCCGAAAUAGUGGGGAGGCAAGGUUGCAAAAUCAAAGCUUUGCGUGCAAAGACAAACACCUACAUCAAGACCCCGGUCAGAGGCGAAGAACCAGUCUUCCUCAUCACCGGUCGCAAAGAAGAUGUGGCCCUGGCCAGACGAGAGAUCAUCUCUGCCGCAGAACACUUCUCCAUGCUGCGGGCCUCUAGGAACAAGCUGGGCGUCUCUUUCAGUGGCUCCCCACCUGCACCGCUACCUGGCCAGACCACCAUUCAGGUGAGGGUGCCCUAUCGUGUGGUGGGUUUGGUGGUUGGACCAAAAGGCUCGACAAUAAAACGUAUCCAACAGCAAACAUGCACUUACAUCGUCACUCCGAGCCGUGACCGUGAUCCCGUCUUUGAGAUCACAGGCUCCCCAGGGAAUGCAGAGCGAGCUCGGGAAGAAAUAGAGGCGCACAUCGCCUUCCGCACUGGCGGGCUGCAUGAUCAAAACAAUGAGAAUGAUUGCCUGGGGCCUGACGGUGGCAACGGGAGUCUGGAAAGCCACCUGCAGCAGGUGUGGGGGCUACAGGGGGCCCCGCGCAAGCCACUCACCAGCAGCUACCGGCAGAAUUUCUCAGACACCAUUGUCGGAAGUAGCGGAGGAGGAAAUGGAGGAGGGAUUUACAGUAAAGGUGACUUCACCAGCCCUGGCAAUGGGGACAAGCCAGGCUCUUACUUUGGCUCAGAGGGCACUCAGAGCUGGGGCGAUCCCGACUAUCCCAAACAGGUGGCUUACUACGCCCAGCAGCGCUCCAAAAGCUUCGGAGGCCUGCCUCUCCCUCUGACCAGACUGUCCCCGGGUCUGCCCGAACCAUGUGGCAACUCCAACGCCAUCGGGUCUGCUCACUCCCAGGCGCGCCGUGCCCACAGCGAGCCUACCUCUGCCACCGCUGCUUUCACAGGCCGUCUCCCUGUGCCAGAUUCGCCACCCGCUGUGGCCCGAGACUGCAUGACCUGCUUUGAAAGCAAGGUGACAGCCGCCCUGGUCCCAUGUGGCCAUAACCUGUUCUGCAUGGAGUGUGCCAUCCGAAUUUGUGAGCUAAACCAUCCGGAGUGCCCUGUCUGCCACACGCUGGUCACACAGGCUAUCCGAAUAUUCUCUUAAAGUUUUCUUGUUUAAUGUGGGAUGUUUGUUUUUACUCUGUAGACUCAGUUUACUUUUAAUCCUUUUAUUUGUUUUGUAUUCAGUAUUCACUCUGAUUGUUUUUUUUUUUGUUGUUGUUGUUGUCUGUUUGUUUGUUUUUUCAGAAAACACAAAACCAAAACAAGCAGAUAUUUUAGAAGCAACUGCUUGCUUUAUUAAAAAAAAAAGAAGAAAAAAAAGAGGAAGAAGUAUUUUCAGAUUUUCUUUUAUAUGUACACAUAUAUACAUAUAUAUUUUAUAAAAGUUUUUUUUUGUUUUUUUUUUUUAAAUGGCAAGAACGUAGUUCUUAGCGUGUUCAUUUUGUUUUGGUUAUUUUAUUUUAUUUUUUACUGGUGCUGUCUUUUUUUUUUUCCACAUGCAGUGUGGAGAGUAACAGAACAAAUAAUGUGAAAAUGUUACACUUUUCCCUCCUUUUUGGCGGGGAAAUUUAUUAUUGUCAUUAUUAUUAUUAUUUUAUUAUUACUCAAGUUUAUUUCCUAAGAUUGGAGUAUAGUUUUACAUCCCAGCAUACUGAUGAGCAAGUAUUCUUUUUUAAGGCAAACUAGAAUCUUAAAUCUUUGCACCUUAAAUCUGAUGUAAAUUGAUUGUCGAAAAAACAACACACAAAACAGAUUGCUAGAUGUCUAUGUGAAAUAUAUGGUUUAGUAAUGGCCAGUUGGGGCUAAUAUAGGUCAGUGUGGCUUUAAAUUUGGAUCCUAUUCUAAAUGACACAAUUAUGAAUUCAUACAUAAGUACGGACCGAUUUGUUGAUAUUUAGAAGUCCGAUGCAGAAUAAAUAUUUUAACGGGUAAUUGACGAGUAAAACAGGGAAAGAUUUUGGUUCGUUCAAGGAGUUGGUCUUUUGUUUUGUUUAUUUUUCCGAAAGCCCCAGUGAGCCUUUUGUGUGACAUAUCAGAAAACAAUGUCUUACUAGGUACAAAUUCCUGUUAUAAUAAAACAUAGUUUUCAGAGUGUUGGGCAGCAAAAGCGCUGGAAUUCAUUCAGCAGUCUGUUGUUCAAGAGGUAUUCCACCAUUCAUUUUGUUUUAAUAACCUUAUCAUUUGGCUCCUUUGUGAUUGCACUCAGUAAAUUUAUGAAUGAUUUUUUUUUUUUUUCAAACAUUUAACUGUAAAAUACUGAGUGAUUACAAGCACGAGGCAUGAAAUGAAGUAAAAUAGGGGUGAUUAAAGGGAGGGGGGCCUGUAAUCUGAUCCUGAAUAGAUCCAAGUAGACAAAAGACAGCGAGACCCCGAGCUACAGUACGUUGUAAAGCACCCACUCCCUCGGUCCCCGUGGUCUUACAUUUGAGAUGCAAAGCACAUGCUGACUGUCUGUCUUUACGGAGGCAGGUGUUUCAUAUCAUACUUUAAAUUGUGUUUUUUUUUUUUUUUUUUUUGUGAUUGGGGUGGCAUAGUGCUCUAAUUCUACUCGCCCGUCAAUCGUUCCAUGCACAGGCUACAGUUUGAGCUCCACCCUGGUAGUAUAUUGUUUUGUCGCAGUAGUGGUACAGUCCCCGGUGGAGCUGAUAAUUAGCCAUACAUCAGAGUCCAGGUGCAAAGCAACUGCUGGAGAAAGGAGGGGGGCCAGUGUACAGUAGCGUGAAUGGACACAACGCCGCGUAGGGGGCCAUAUCCAUCCCCAGUGCUCAACUAGGUACAGCUGGGGCCCCUCCUGUUGAUCGCACCCUCCCGUUUCUCCUUGCUCCUUGGAGCCAUGCUAUUCCCAUUGGGGAAAGAGGGGCCUCCUUUGUCCUGCCUUUAAGGAAAAAAAAAUUCAAGAGCUGAUUUUAUUUCAAAGAGGGAAGCAGGGAGUGAACGGGGACUAGAUUGUCCAAUUGUCUGAUUUACCCCAAAGCAUUUUAUUGAAACUUUUUUUGGCUUUAUUAAAGGAAUGUUUCAGGUUCAAUACAAGUAAAGCUCAGUCGACAGCAUUUGUGCCGUAAUGUUGAUUCCAAAAAAUUUUUUCCGACUUGUCCCUCUUUUACUUAAAAAGCAAAAACCGUUGUUGCAGUAAGGCAUUUAUAAACAGUGUUGGGUGUAAUGCAAUUACAAAGUAAUUAGUUACUGUAAUCUAAUUACAUUUAUGGCAACAAAAAAAGUAGUGUAAUACAUUACAAUUUAAAUUCUUGUAAUCAGAUUACAGUUACUGACUUUUAAUUCAUCUAAUUACUUUUAAGUACAUUAUAAGCGUUACACUUGUUUUUGAAAUAAUAUUUUUUAUGUAGAAUUCUUUUAAAGCAUGAAUUAUAGACCUGUAAUGAGGGAGGUCUAUGGUAAAAUUAGCAAUGUGAGGGAGAAAUGUGAGGUGCUGAGUGUAUGAAUAACGUACAACAAUGAACAAGGAGGAAAAAGAGACAUUAUUUUUGAAAGUAACUUAAAAUUAAAGUAAUUUGUAUUGUGAUUACUUUUCCAAUGAAGUAAUUAGUAAAGUAGUCUGAUUAUAAUUUUAGAGAAGAAAUUAGUCAUUUGUAGUGGAUUACUGUUUUUGAGUAACUUACUCAACACUGCUUAUAAGAGAGGUGAAUGGGGCCAGUCCAUUAACACUAAAAUACACAUAGUUUCAAUAGCAUAACCACAAGAUAUAAACAUUAUGCAUGUUAACAUGAAUUUAGUGGAAUAAAAUUACUUACUAAACUUAUCUGUGAAAAGUUAUCUCAAAAUAAUCCAAUACCAGGAUUCUAGGGUUUUGUCGUCAUGACAACAAAGUUGUAAAAUUGAGUGUAACUAACACAGAUAAGGUUAGUAAGGUAGGUAACACAUAUACUGUAAUGUCUACGCCUUGUGGCCAUACUUUUGAAACGUUUAUGGACUAGCCCCAUUCACUUCCAUUGUAAGUGCUGCAUUGCUACCCAGAUUUUUUUAUUUAUUUUUAUUAACAAAGGGGUUGUCGAAAUAAUUUUUUCGGGAAACAACAUUAUUCCACAAAUGCUGUAAAUUGAGCUUAAAGUAUAAAACCCAUUCCUUUAAAAGGGAUAGUUCACCAAAAAAUUUAUAUUCUGCAUUUGUUUACUCUCGUAUGACAGAAUGAGAGUCUCAGUCACCAUUCACUUCCAUUGCAUGGAUAAAAGUGAAUGGUAACUGAGGCUAACAUUAUACCAAAAAAUUCCUUUUGUGUUCUACAGAAGAUGGAUCCAGAUCUAUUAAUGAUGAUAUGAAUUUUCAUUUUUGGAUGAACUAUUUCUUUAAGAGCCUUUCGAAUUCUUUAUCCAUUCUCAAAAUGUAUCCUCAUUUAAUAUGCACUAGAGGCAGGCCAUCAAAGUUUCCAUGGAGUCUUCCUUCAUAAGCGGGACAUCCUGCCGUGACUGCCCUGCCAAUACAUGGUCACAAGCAGCCAAUCGAAGAGCAACCUUGAACUGCACAAUGAAAUCAGACAAUUGUAAUUGACAAGAAAGCGGGGGGAGGGGAAAAACGCCCAAUUUGGUGGCCGCUCAGGCUGAAUCAAAUUACACACCCACUGCCUGUCACAUUGCAGGCUGGGGGAUUUCAGAAUAGGGGAUUACAGCGUUUGGAGGGAUGGGGAACAGUCUUUUUUUUUUUUUCUUAGCUAGGCCACUACAAAAGAAUGGAGACUCUAAAAAUGUAGUCUGUUUGAAAUGAGUCCGUUUUUCCCCUAUCGAGCCUCUCUGCCCUACUGCCACUGGUGAGGUGGUUGAAGAUAUGCUAGGGUAAGCUUGUGAUUGUAAUUUACUAACUAUAACAAUUUACCUUUGAGCCAUUAGCAUCUUAUAUAUUCCUUUUGAAAAACAUUUGAUGCUCAGUUGACUGUUACAGCAGAUAAGUAGUUGUUUGCCUCACCCGAAUCAAUGUAUUCUGGCUGUACUAGCGCCUGACAGUGUUUUGUUUGUUUUUAGUUUGGUUGUUUUGUCUGAUGAACAAGUAGGCCUACUUUAUCUAAGCAUCAGUAUAAUAAGGUACUUUAUUUAAAUUUAAAUAAGUAUGUUAUGACCCUUUAAGUAACUUUCAGAUUUGUUAAAGAGACAAAACUGAAGAGGCGUAGCAAAUUAAAGCUCUUAUAAGCACCUUAUCUUUUAGAAAACAAACUGCAUUUGCAAUCGAAAAGCAUUUACAUUUUGAGAUAAACUCUAUAUGCCGACAACAAAAAAAUAUUGUUAUUUUUGCACUUGGGUUACAUUCUAUUUGCACUGAUUGCAUACGUUGAAGUCGCCCAUUUAUGUUUUGUUUAUUUAGAAAUAGCAGCUUAAUUUUGUUUUGAAGUGGAAAAUCAACAGUACAAAGUUAAUGAAAAGAGAUGUGUGUUCUGCAUAUUCCCAACAUUGAUUAGGGACAGACACCUGUCCAUUAAAGGAAUGUAUGUGCAUUUUGGUCAGUUUAUAAAGCCAAAACAUUUUUAAAUGAGAACUGAUUAUGCAAACCUGAAUUAAUGGCGCUCUUUUUUAACCACAUUUGUAUGUCUGUUAUGUUAUCCUGUCUCUUUUAAGGUCAGUAGGUCAGCAAUAACUUUAGUCUUAAUAGUCAACAAGAUAUCAGAGGUACACUUUAAAAAAAAAAAAAAAAAAAAAAAGGGGAUUGGAGAGUAGCCAGAUUUAAUCAUCACAUAUGUAUCCUAUCCAAAAAUGCUUUGCAGUGGUUCAUAACCCUAAGAAUUUUUAAAGCCAUUAACAUAUCAUUCACCCCAUUAAAACCCCUUAUAAGUGUGUGUUUUUUUUUGUUUGUUUUUUUGAGAAUCAAACAAAUACUGUAAUGAUUUUUUUUUUCUCAGUUUGCUAAAUGCAGCACAUCAAAAGUUUCCUUUCUUAACCAAACAUCGCAGCGUCUAGUAGAGUGAUGAUAUACUUAAAAGAAUGUAGCCUGAAUCCGCGAAGACCAUGCUGUAUAUGUGUUUAGAGCGAGAUAUUCAUUACAGUGUAACAGGCUUUCAAAGGGAUACAUUUUAACUGUUUAAAAGACUUUAUAUAGCCAAUCACAGCAAAACCUUUUUUAAGUAUUAUUUAUUUGAUAGUAAUAAGACUAUAUUUAUUGACAUUUAGGGAGAUUUAUAAAAAGACUGACUACCAUAGGCAUAUCAUUAAAUAUAUUUCACUAUAUAAGCAAUUCUGAAAAUAUUGUAAUAGUCUUUAAUAGCGUACUUUGUUAGUUUGUAAUAUUGCAUAAGGCGUCAUCCCAAUAGAAAAUAAAGUGUGACGUCAAUAAUGCCCAAAAAAGAAAUCUUAACCACAAUAUGAAGAUAAUUGAAGCUUUUUUAAGAAAAUAAAUUACCAAAAAUUUGAGUUGUCACAAUCAGCAAGGGACCGAACUCAUAAAGUUUCAUUUUUAGUGCAUUGCUUUUGUACAAAUAUAUUUAAAAAAUUCAAAAACACCAUAAAGACAGGAUGUACUGUGUUUAUGAGCAGCCCAGAGGAAUAUAUCUACAUUUAAAAUGCGUAUCAUGACGGUAUGAUCAUCGCUCAAAUAAACACAGCUGGUAAAUUACACCAUAAUUUCAGAAUGACAAGGGCACUACUGUUAUGCCUAAUUCAAAACAUGAAUUGCCCUUGCAAAAAAACAACAAAAAAAAAACAUGAAAAUGGUCAAGUUUAGAAUCUAACAGGUUUAACAAGAAUGUGUUGUCUAACGUGAAGCUUAAUAUUAAGAACCACUGUGAACUGUUUUCUUCUUCUUUUUCCAGUAAUGGCGUGGUGUUGUUAAAUAGUUGCAAUUCAACAGCUUGUUUCGCUUCUUUUGGUUGUGCAUGCUGAGAAAUUAUUUUACAGAGUGUUAUUUACCUUUAAGCAGCUGAGAUCUGUGUAAAGAAAAUAUAACAGAGCCACUAAAUGGUGUACAAUGAAACCAGUUUAUUUUUCCAAACAUAUUUCUCUUAUCCAAUAUGAAGUAUCUAAUGCACAACAUACCCAACAAAUAUCUUUAGUUCCACAUUACCAUAAUGGAUAUAUUUCCAUUUGAAGCCUUGUUAAUAUUUUUUUUUUAUUAUUCCACCUGAUUAGAUAAGUAUAUACCUUUAUAUGUUCUUGCAUAAGAGAUAGCAAAGCUGCAUGCAUUUAUCUAUAACCACUGCAGCAUUCAUUCCAGAGAAUCACCAGAGAACAUAUAGAUGAUGCACUUAAGCAAUUCUGAUGCCUUUUCAGUAUAGUACAAAGGGCAAAUAAUGUAUUUGAAUGUAAAAACGGCCACCCAACCAAUGUCUAAUUUAGCCUUUUAUUUAUCAAAAGCGAGCUUUAAGUUGAAAUCCAUGGCUAGAGAAAUACCACCAUAUCUGUUUAGGUUCUUCCUCACAGCAUUUAUACAAAGCAACUUACUUAAAAGGGGAAAAAAAAUGUCUUAUAGCCGUUUCGUAAGAUUCUAUUUUGCUAACAUGCAUUAUUAUUUCAUAGAGGAAGAGGUCUGUAUCUGGAUGUUAUUUAUGAAUAUCUUUAAUGAAGCAAACAUAUUUAUAAGUAACCUCAAGACAUUUUGUUUUUUAAUUAAUAAAUUAAAAAGUUAAUAUAUUUCUAAAACGCAUGAAGUUGAUUUCUACUAAAAUGAUUAAAACUAUAGAAUUUUUAUUUAUGAAAGUUAGAAAAAUCCUUCACACUUCUGACAGCAUAAAACAAGCGGGGCGGGGUGUCUAAGGCUUAUAUUUUAAAGUCAGAUAUGUGCCGGUUUAAAGACGUGUGUUAGCAAUGGGAUAACGACAGAAAAUAUUUUAUAGGAUUUGGGGGUAUUUUAGUCACUCCUGUGCCUCAAUAACACAUUUUUGCAUAGUAGAAGCACUCAGAAGUGUUGCGUGCUCCACACCAUAUAGCUGAGUGAAUAAAGAGUCCCUUCCCUUUUUUCUUCUUUUUAUUUUUUUAUUAAUUUGCUUUCCUGAUGUAAAUGCAAUUGUUAUGAAGUGAAUUACUUUAACAGGGUGAAACGUAAACAUGCACACACACAUAGUGAUACAAGCAAAAACAUGUAAUGACGUUCCAAUUUCCAACUGUUUAAAAAUAUGCAUGACACAAAUUGUUUUUUGUUUUCUGCAAAUCAGAUAUUCAUUUAUUAUAUUUGUUUCCAGAUACAGUAAUAGUUCUAAGCAGAUCUCAAGCAAUUGUUUGCAUGUAACUUCUAUUAACACUUAACAGAAGUCAACAUGAAUUUCAGUUCGCAGCCCAAUUUACUUCCAUAAUGUGACGUACCAGAAUGAAGCCAAACCUGAAUUUAAGUUUCAUUCAAUUUAUUAAAUUAUCCAAAGCCCAUAGGUGACAUCAGCAGAAAGUCAUUUCAGAAGAAGAGCAAGUUAUUACAUUUAGAUUAAAGAUUACAAAGACAACAAAAGUUCACAAUAAGGCCAGGAACAUGCAUUAAUAAAGUAAACUGGGUCAAUUUUGAUUUCACACGGACUUAAACCUGUUUUACGAGAUACAAUUUAGGCUCAUUCACAAACUUCACCAUAAGGGCUGACGAUUACUUUUCAUUAUAACCAAGAGUGUCACGUCAAAGUGGUGAACUAUUGUUUACACUGAAACGCAUAGUAGCAAUACUUCACGGUGAACGCGCAUCUCGACUCUUUGUUUUGGCUUUGUGGUGGCAAUGAUAGUUGUGUAGUGGUUUCAAUUUCAGUCUGACAGGAGGGUCAUUUCGGUGACCUCGCUUUGGGAUGUUACUCCAGUCCGACAGUCUGUAUUUGGUAGCUUCCAGCACAGUAGAGGUGUUUCAUACAGUUCUCAUAGUGGUCUUCGUGCAUUAGUUUGGUCAAGCAUCUCCUGGUAAUAGUGUUCAGUUUAUUGUUGAUGAACGAGGGGUUUGCCAUAUCAUAGACGAGGCUAGCCAAUACUCCACGAGUCGUUUCAUGUCAUGAUUUCAGUAUGGUGUCUACACGAGGCACGCAAAUUGCAGGUUUCUCUUCUUAGAACAUGUUAUUAGUGAGUUUCAUUUUUGAUAUUUGAUCAAUGUAUCUAUGCCAUACUAGUUUUGAUUUUUUGUUAUUUUCUGAAAAUUGUAUUGUAAAUGUUUCUAAUAAAACAAACAGAAUAAUCUGUCACCGCUGCCCUGAAUUCUGUUGGUCACACACCUUAUGAUUUGAGACAUAAACUGAUUUUAUUCAUUCAAGUCAUUUAUAAUAUUGAAUAAUUCCGCAAGGGCUUAAAAACUGAGCAGAUCAUGAGUUAAAAACAGGGUUCCCAUGAUAAUAAUAAUAAUAAAAAAACUGGAAUAUUUCAAGAAAUUAUGAUUUCCAGGACUGGAAAUUAAUAAUCAUCUGUGUCAGUAUGUGGAUGUUAUUUAGCGAUAUCUUUUUGAAGCAAACAUAACUUAAAGAAGCUGUAAGCGAUUUUUUUCAUGGAAAAGUAUGCAAAAAAAUUUCCUACUUCCUUAAAGAUAUUGAUGAAAUAAGUGUCCUGAGAUAUCUCACCAGUCUCUCUGACAGCUGUAGACUUUGUAAACAGCAAACAAAAAUGUGUUCAUGGACCGCAGACAUUGACGCUUUUCACCUGUCAAUCAUUUUGCUUGUUCUCAUCUGAAGCGGAUCAUUGAAGAAGGGUAAAGCUGCAGGCAUUGCUCCAAAAAGAGGCAGUCGCCCUUACCUAACCCUUUCCCUAACCUUAACAGUGAGUGGAAGUGACACCUCCUUUUGGAGUUGGCACAACCCCCUUUUGUGGUAACCCCGCCCUCUUUUGGAGAUCCGGCCCCUAUUUGGAGGUUUCUGGCCUGCAGCUAUACCUACUUGAUCAUUGAGGCUAUGAUUCAUAAUGUUUGGCAGUUGAGGACACUAUUGUGCCACUGCUGCAUUUGACAGCCACAGGAACAAACAAUGCUGCUCUUUUGCUCGGUUUUGGUCUCAAAAGUAUCUUAGGAGGGCGGGGUUUUGGAAUGAGGGGGCGUGGCUAAUUCAACGGCUCAGUCACGUGAAAGCUUCGACAUUUAAAGUAAUGUUAGGGGUCCAGUAAAAGUUAAGCUUUAACAAAAACUAUUUCGAGCCACAAGACGUAAAAAUUAUACAAGUUAAUGAUGAGAUCGCUAACAGGGUUUACUUAUGUUACACCAUCAUGGCAACGAAGUUGAAAUAUUGGAUAUAACUACACAUAUAUGUUUAUUAGGAUUUUAUCAGACUAAAAUUCAUGUGAACAUGUUUAAUGUUUACAUCCUAUGGCUUUACUUUUGAAACCAUAUGUAUUUUAAUGUUUAUGGAUUGGCCCCAUUCACUUCCGUAAGUGUCUCACUGUGGCCAUU